AUGCUUCUUAACCUAAGACCCUUGGGAGAGAGGUUCCUAAAAUCUAAGAUAGGCAAUGGCCAUAAUGCUUUCUUUUGGUUUGACUGCUGGACCCCUUUUGGCCCCUUGAUUAAGUUCUUAGGAAAUACUGGUCCCAGAUCUCUGCGCCUACCUUUGGAUGCUAAAGUGAGUGAUGCUUGUUCUGAAGUUGGAUGGCUUUUGCCUUCGCCAAGAUCUGACAAUGCGCUUCUGCUGCACUCACACCUCACAACAAUCCGGUUGCCUUCCCAGGCCUCUCACGCAGACUGUUUCUUUUGGGAAGUUAAUGGGACUAAGUGCUCUGGCUUUUCCUCUUCUUCUACUUGGGAUGCUCUAAGGCCUAGAGAGGAGACAAAGCGCUGGACAAAAUCGGUCUGGUUCAAGGGAGCUGUCCCGAAGAUGGCUUUCAACAUGUGGGUUACUUGCUGGAACAGGCUCCCGACAAGACAGAGGCUCCACGCCUGGGGAGUUAUUCCCACAGAUGAGUGUUGUUUAUGUUCAAAGGAGCCUGAGUCUAGGGAUCAUCUCCUCAUUUCUUGCGACUUUGCGGCUGUUAUCUGGUCUGCUGUUUUCCGCAGAUUAUCCCGCCAAAGUCGCCCUUUCCUCAGCUGGGCGGAGCUCCUCUCCUGGUCUAGACACGCCUCUUCUCAGGCACCUUCUAUCCUUCGAAAGCUUGCCGUCCAGGUGUCGGUCUACCACAUCUGGCGCCAACGUAACAAUGUUCUGCAUAACAACAUCAGCAUCCCGCCCAUGACCAUCUUUAAGUUUAUCGACAGAGAGGUCCGCAACAUUAUUUCUGGAAGAAGACAUAGAAAGAGGUGGCAGCCCUUGAUGCUCCUGUGGCUUGGCUAA